AAAGAUUUAAGAAAUCAUAAUAAUGAAACAAAAAGACAUCUUAUAGAUAUACCUACAAAAAUAAGAGAAAAGGAAUACAGUUGACGCUGCUUUUUCAUUCUCUUUAAUCAGUUAUAGAGAGGACAUAUUGAAUAAAUAUUUAAAGCAUGUACACAGGAGAAAUUUCAUUUACCCUAUUACGAGUAUUUGGAAUUUGGGCAACUCCAUCAUGGGAUUCUCGAUUGAAAAUGAUAUACAGUUUCUAUUCUGCUAACAUUUUUAUUUUCUAUUCCAUUUUCCUUUUUUCUCUUUUAAUGUAUCUUCUGCGCGUCGCUGAAGACGUUGACAAUUCCAUAGAAAGUAUCUUAUACUUUUCGGCUUCCAGCGCUUUGAUGGUCAAAAUGGUCUGCAUUUUAAGUAGGCGUGAAACUGUCAUUGAAACAAAAAAAGUGCUUGCAGGACCACUUUGUCAACCUCGAGAUAGUCACGAGACAGAAAUACUGAAGAAGUAUGCCGAUACUGCAAGAUUCAACACGUUUGUCUUUCUAAUUCUGGCGAAUAUUUCUGUGGGAGUGAGGAUUUUCGCCCCAUUAGCGCAAACAGACAACAGGGCACUUCCUUUAAAGACAUGGACGCCUUUCAGCCUUUAUUCUGAAUCUUUAUUUUUGUUUACAUAUUUAUACGAAGGAUUGUUUUUGGUUAUUCUAGGCGAGAUGUCAAUUGGUAUUGAAUCUUUAGCAUUGAUGAUGAUGCUGCAGAUUUGUGCUCAAACGGAAAUCAUCGCUUACCGUCUACAGUCGCUUCCUAAACUGUGGAAAGAAAACUGUUCUAAAUCUGUUAUGUAUCAAUAUGAGUUAAGGCUCAUAAAAGAUUGUGUUAUUCAUCAUCUAAACACGUACUCACUUCAAAACAAUUUUAACAAGUUAUUUGGAGUUGUAAUUUUUACUCAAUUUUUUUCAUCAAUGAUGAAUAUGUGCAUCAUAUUAUAUCAGUUAUCAAGAUUCAGCAUAUUUAGUGAAUUUUCCUUAGAAAUGAUACCAGUUUUAUUCACUGUGAUCGUCCAAAUAUUUAUAUAUUGUUACUAUGGAGAAAAAGUAACAAACAAGAGUUUGACGAUUGUAGAAGCAAUUUACCAAAUGAAUUGGACCUCCGUAUCAAAUGAAGCAAAAAAGGAUCUUCUUUUAAUAAUGAUGCGAGCUUCUAAGCCUAUGUAUUUAUCUGGGAUGUCAAUUAUUAUCAUGUCGUUAGAAACGUUUGUAAAGAUUAUGAAAUCAGCUUAUUCGGCAUAUAAUUUACUAUUAUUGAUGGCAGAAGAAUGAGAAAAUAAUAGAAAAUUAAUAGUCAAAAGAAAGCUAUUGUGAUGAAUAAAGUGUAGCAGACUUAGAAAUAUACGUAAAAUAAUUAGAAUAUUUUAAUGUUUUAAGACUAAUCUACGAAAAGGACAUAAAUAAAUAGUGCAUUUUAUGAGGGGAAAGAAAUCUUCGGCACUUUAUUCAUGUGAUGCACAUCAUUUUUUGGGUACUUGGAGUUUUAA